CGGAGCUACAGCUCUUAGUGACAAACAAAGCUUGCUGCAGGGGGAAAAAAAAGAUUUGAAAAAUUACCCGCCACGAUGACAGACAGAAGCCCCUUCGAAACGGACAUGCUCACCUUGACCCGCUAUGUGAUGGAAAGGGGGCGUCAGGCCAAAGGGACAGGGGAGCUCACGCAGCUGCUGAACUCCAUGCUGACGGCAAUCAAAGCCAUCUCCUCUGCAGUGCGCAAGGCCGGCCUGGCCAACCUGUAUGGAAUCGCGGGAAGUGUGAAUGUGACGGGGGAUGAAGUGAAGAAACUGGAUGUGUUAUCCAAUUCCCUGGUGAUCAACAUGCUCCAGUCCUCCUACAGCACCUGUGUCCUGGUCUCGGAAGAGAAUAAAGAGGCGAUUAUCACCACCAAGGAUAAGAGGGGGAAAUAUGUGGUCUGCUUUGACCCACUGGAUGGAUCUUCCAACAUUGACUGCCUAGCCUCCAUUGGAACCAUAUUUGCCAUCUAUAGAAAGACCUCAGAGGACGAGCCGUCGGAAAAGGAUGCCCUGCAGCCAGGUCGCAAUAUUGUGGCCGCCGGCUACGCUCUCUAUGGCAGUGCAACCCUGGUGGCUCUUUCCACUGGGCAAGGAGUGGACCUCUUCAUGCUUGACCCAGCUCUUGGAGAAUUUGUUCUGGUGGAAAAAGAAGUCAAAAUUAAAAAGAAAGGAAAGAUUUACAGCCUCAAUGAGGGCUAUGCCAAAUAUUUUGAUGCUGCCACAACAGAAUAUGUGCAGAAAAAGAAAUUCCCUGAGGACGGCAGUGCUCCCUAUGGAGCCAGGUACGUGGGCUCCAUGGUGGCCGAUGUGCACCGUACCCUGGUCUAUGGAGGGAUUUUCCUGUACCCAGCAAACCAGAAAAGUCCUAAGGGCAAGCUCCGGCUCCUGUAUGAGUGCAAUCCUAUGGCCUACAUCAUUGAGCAGGCAGGAGGCUUGGCAACUACAGGAACACAGCCCGUGUUGGAUGUAAAGCCUGAGACCAUUCACCAAAGAGUCCCCCUGAUUUUGGGGUCCCUGGAUGAUGUGCAGGAAUAUCUCACCUGUGUACAGAAAAACCAGGCAGGCAGGUAGUGAGUCUGACCCUGCAAACCCUCAUCUCUUUGUCCUGUACUUGUAUUAAGGACCCUAAUGAAUAAUAAGUAACAAUGGUGAUGAUGAGUAAUGAAGGCCAAUCCACCGAAUCACAAACAGAAGGGCAGCAGCAAACUAUUCAUGACAGGUCCAGAGGCCAGAGGUGAUUCUGUGGUCAGUGUAAACAGCUAAAAAUAAAAACCGACAAGU